AUGACAUCGCAGAAAAUGCAAGAAUGGCUGUCGAAAGUCUCGGCCCCAAAUGUUGACAAUGUUCAACGCUCACUAAUGUUGGACCAGGUGCCCAUCCAUAAGACACAAGCCACCACAAAUGUCUUCGAAGAGUACAGCACCGAUGUGCCUGCAGGAUGCACAAGCAUCCUGCAGCCUGUUGACGUGUAUUGCAAUGAGCCAUUCAAGUCCACCUUGCGACGUUUGUGGGAGCAGCAUAUGCGUGAGCAAGCACGACCACCGAAAGGAAGCUUAAAAAUGUCGCGGCAACAUUUCCUUGAUUUCCUUGUAAAGGCACGGGCCGCUGUACCUGAGGAGACAAUGGCACGGUCUUUCAAAGGAUGGGGCAUUGGCAUUGCGCUCGAUGGCUCGAAGGACAACGACCUGCACAGCGGAUUGGCCUAUGUUGGAGCUGUGGUGCCAAAAGACUGCGGAGGACUUCAAGUGGCAUUCUGUGGCCUGCCGUUUGCAAAUGAUUCAAAAGAGUCUUUCGAUGGUUUUGAAAGCAAUUAA